CCUUCUCUGCUUUUUAGUGUUUUACCUUCUGGAUUGAAUUGUCUUCAGAGGAACUUUCCUUGCUAUCGAGGAUCUCCUAUUUAUUCCAGCUUUGCGAUUAACUGUGGUGGACCACAGAUUAUGUCUUUUGAUCAGAUCAUAUAUGAGAGGGAUAAUGAGGCUUUUGGUCCAGCAACACACUACAUGACCCGUACAGGGAGAUGGGCAGUUAGCAAUGCUGGUCUUCCUGCGGACAGCAAUAACCCACUAUAUCAAAGCUCAUCUUUAUCACAAUUUACAAAUACUUUGGAUUCAGGGUUGUUUCAAACUGCACGAAUUUCAGCUGGAUCAUUAAGAUACUAUGGUUUAGGCCUGGAGAAUAGUAAUUACACUGUCAGCCUCCAGUUUGCUGAAACAACAAUUCUAGGUACUAGGACUUGGAGGAGUGUUGGGAGGCGCAUUUUUGAUAUAUAUGUGCAGGGUAAUUUGGAAAUGAAAGACUUUGACAUAGUAAGAGAGGCGAAUGGAACCUUCUUAAGAGCUGUUGUGAGGGAAUUCAGAGUUGAGGUGUUGGAGAAUUAUAUCGAAAUCCAUCUCUUUUGGGCUGGAAAAGGGACCUGUUGUGUACCUGCCUUUGGUACAUAUGGACCUUUAAUUUCAGCGAUAAGUGCAACUCCAGAUUUCAAUCCUACUGUCUCAAACAACCCUCCUGGUGGGAACAAGAACCGGGCACGUCUGAUUGUGGGGAUCAUUGUUGCAAUUGCUGUUACAAGUUUGAUUCUAGCUGCUGCGGCAGCAUAUUAUGUCUUCCAGAGAAGAAAAAGGCAAAAAAGCUUUGAGGACGAUGAGUUGUUCAAGUUUGAUGUGCGACCUUACACCUUCAGUUAUGCCGAACUUAAAAUUGCAACAAAUGACUUUGACCUUGCUAAUAAGCUAGGGGAGGGAGGAUUUGGACCUGUUUACAAGGGAACACUUGAAGAUGAAAGAGUAGUUGCCGUUAAACAAUUGUCUGUGGCAUCGCAUCAAGGAAAGACUCAGUUUGUGGCAGAGAUUGCAACUAUGUCUGCUGUGCGACACCGUAACCUUGUGAAACUGUAUGGUUGCUGCAUUAAGGGAGAUAAUCGAUUGCUCAUUUACGAGUAUCUAGAGAACAAGAGUCUUGAUCAACUACUAUUCAGAACUGAGAGUAAAAGCUUAUAUCUCGACUGGGCAACACGUUACCACAUAUGCUUGGGAGUAGCUAGAGGUCUUGCUUAUCUUCAUGAGGAAUGUCGACCGCGAAUUGUUCACAGAGAUGUGAAGGCCAGCAACAUUUUGCUUGAUUCUGACCUCACCCCAAAAAUAUCCGACUUCGGUUUUGCCAAAUUAUAUGACGACAGCAAGACCCAUAUUAGCACUCGAGUUGCAGGCACAAUAGGGUAUCUAGCACCCGAAUAUGCAAUGCGUGGAUGUCUUACCGAAAAGGCUGACGUAUUCAGCUUUGGAGUAGUAGUAAUGGAGAUCGUUGGCGGACGGCCGAACGCUGACUCAGGUUUGGAAGAUGAUAUGAUAUAUCUUCUUGAAUGGGCCUGGAAUCUUCACGAAAACGGCAGGGAGCUUGAACUGCUGGACCCAACUUUACCACAAUAUGAUGCAAAUGUAGCGAAAAGGAUCAUCGGUAUAGCUCUGUUAUGCACGCAAGCAUCGCCAGCCUUACGGCCUUCAAUGUCCCGUGUGGUGGCAAUGCUCACCGGAGAUGUUGAGGUGCCAUCCGUGACUUCAAGACCGGGAUACCUAGUCGACUGGAAGUUCACGGAUGCAACUACUUUCGCGACAAAUGCCGAAAGCUCAACAUCAGAAGCUGAUAAUGGUUAUAUGAAUACAACAACGAGUGCAACCAUGGCAACUGAUCUUAGUUACAUGAAUUCGAGAACAAGUGCAAGCAUGACGCCUGAUGCAGCUUAUAAUUCACCUUAUAAUCCUGCCAAACCCAUGCUUCACGACAUACCUGGUGAUGGCAGAUGAUGAAUAAUUAACUCCAUUGAUCUAGUACAUAUAAGUCGUUUGUUUGUUGGGUCUUAUAGUUUUUGAACCACUGAACACUCUACUCCACUCUCUUGAAGUUAAGGUUGUCUCAUUUUUAC